AAUUUGUGGUUUAAACUCGGUUAGAAGGCUACAAGUCAAGCAAGGCGAUUAGGCUAAAAGUAAGUUAAAAUCAAAGUGUAGAAGACUCGUGAUCAAUGUCUAGCGUAUGUGCCAUAUAAAAUAUGGGACAAAACCAGACAUGACAUGCAGAGAAAAUGCAAGCGGCUACUCGGACACGUAGCAUUAUCGCCUUAUUUCCUGCGCUACUGCCAAUGGAAUGGAGUGACAUUGGUGUGUCACUGUGAAUGGUCCGACUGGAAAACGUAACUAUGCAGAGGGGCUAUCCUUGGCUUGACUUCACACUUACUGUGGUCUGAUUUCAAUGACAGGUUAUUCUUUAUUGUAUAAUUAAUUCGACGUUUCUUUUGGAUAUUCGAGUAUUCGAAUGAAUGGUGUUCCUAGUCUGAGAGUGUCGCAACGCCAUGCACAACAGCUAAGGAAAUAUCUGCAAGCUUGUGGUAGUCUUGAUCAGAGAUACACCGUGCAGAAGCUCUCUGACGGAACAGUAGCUAUCCCAGUCCUGCCUUCCUGCCUGCCACAGCUUGACCUGCACAGUCUCCAACACAGAGUGACCUCGGAGAGUCAGUGUGAAAUCAUCCGCACUCCGCUUUCAAAGAGGGAGAGGGGAAGGACAAGUGAAAAACUGGUGAAAAUCCUGCAGGAACUACUAGAUUCUCAUGGAGAAGGUCCAGAGUUGUGGCCUGCUGUUGCCCAUGGGCUGGGUGCAGAACGUCUGGCACAGAUGGGUCGAAUCUCCAAGGAUGGGUUCAGAACUCCUGUGGGGACCAUGCUGUUAGGAGAGGACCACUGGGUCACUCAUGUAGACAACAGGAUCAGGUAUCAGUUUGAUGUCACCAAAUGCAUGUUCUCUUCUGGAAACAACGAGAAGAUAAGGAUAGCCUCAUUUGAUUGCCAUGGGGAGAUUGUGGUGGAUUUAUAUGCAGGUAUCGGCUACUUCACUCUUCCUUACUUGGUGCAUGCAGGAGCCAGUCAUGUUCACAGUUGUGAGUGGAACCCUAAUGCAGUGGAAGCUCUGAAGAGAAACCUGCAACUGAAUGGGGUGUCCUAUCUCUGCACCAUUCACCAUGGAGAUAACCGACAACUGUCGCUGUGUGAUCUUGCUGAUCGGGUGAAUUUGGGCCUCAUACCAAGCUCUCAGGACAGUUGGCCGGUUGCCUGCCGGCUGUUGAGUAGAAAGACUGGCGGGAUAUUGCACAUUCACCACAAUGUUACCUCACCACCACACAAAACAGGUUGCGAAAGUUCCUUUAUUGCUACGGUCGAGAGAGCAACUAAGACAAGAGACAAAAAUGUUUGGCAGGCCUGGGCAGAUGACACGGCUAUCCAGAUAUCCACACUACUACAGGACAUCACUGUCGAGCCAUGGACGACUAGCGUCCAACACAUUGAGCAUGUCAAGUCAUAUGCUCCUCACGUCCACCACAUAGUACUGGACUUGGAGUGCACUCCAGUUUAGACAGACCGCUUUGGACGUUGACAGCAUGUUUGGUUAGCCAUAUGAAAAAGUCAGACAAUAAUCUGUGUAACCGGGUUGUAAAAAUCUGGAUAUUGAUUUGUGUUGAAUACAUAUCAUGCAAGUUAUUUUUACAUUCCAGGAGCAUCCCUGAACUCUACACAGGAAAUAUAGUUUGAAAAUGUUCUGUACAUUUGUUCAUCCCAUUUGAACAGGCAGUUCUAAACACCUUAUAUGUGUAUACCAAGGCCUUAAUAAAUGUUUUGAAAAACCAUAGGGUCUAGUAAUAAAAUUUUAU